AUUUCAGGCCCGUGCGCACACAUCGCGUUGUUGCUCCGUCGUGGUUGGAGCAUCGCCACUGCUGCAGUUGUGGGGCCGGAGUUUUUGUUGUUUUAGCUUUCUUACAAAAGGGCGCGGUGUUUUGAGAUUUCUUUUUUUUUUUUUGACUACAAUUUGAAGAACUUGGGAUAUAGCGUUGAAGACUAGAGUUCUGCAGAGGGCCGGAAUUCACCGGAGCAAUCAGGAAUCCCUAAUGGUAACCAGAAAAAGAGGAAGACUUGCGAGUAAAGGCGUGGACGUCAUGUGCUCAGGUCCUUCUGAGGAAUGUGACCGUGCCUUAAAAAUCGAUUCUGAAAGUGCAAUCAAGCACUCCUCACCAGAAAGUGAUUCAAAUGACUGGGGACUAGACGAGCUCUUUACCUCUGAUUUCAACUGGGCUUUAGAAGAUGAUGUGCUCUCUCCUUUCCAAGGCAUCGGAGUGCAAGAUCUAGGUUUAAGUGCAGAAGACAAGACCGAUCAGGAAACUGAUGUGAGCAUAUCCCACAGCAGAGGUGCAACCCGGAGGCAGAAACUACAAGACCUCUCUGGGCGCAACAUCAAUAAGAAUGCCCUGGCGGCAAGAUUGAACCGGCUGAAGAAGAAAGAGUAUUUGAAUGGCUUAGAGCAGCGCGUUGGAUCUCUGACAUCCGAAAACCGGCUUCUCAAGCAGGAAAACAGCAGCCUGAACAAAAGAGUGGAAGAACUUGAAAACGAGACUAGGUACUUGAGAGCUGUGUUGGCCAAUGAGAGCAUGUUGGCGCAGCUGUUGUCUAGAUUGAGCGGUGUGAACGGCAUGAAAUUCUCUACCUCGCUUUUCCAGGAGCCCAGCGAGAACGACCACGAUUAUGCCAUGCCGAGGAAGAAAGUGAAGGUGGAGGACAAGGAUGCAGCAGGCGGGGUCUGUCUGCAUGUGGACAAAGACCACGUCUCUGUGGAGUUCUGCACUAAGUGUGCAGAGAGUGCAAGCUCAUCACUCAAAAUUUUUCUUCUAGGUGCUUGGUCUGCCAUGUGGGGUGACUGGAUCUCAGAGCAUCCAUGACUACCGGAACCUAUGGUAAGGAUCAAGAUGUUGAAGACUGCACAGAAAUGAGUUUCUCCUGAGAUGUGCUGCAGUGUCACGGCACAUUAUGCACAAUAUGAACUUGUAAAUAAGCUUUCCUGUAAUUGAAGCUAAUUGAAGAUUUGUUUAAUUCAAUACUUUGGAACAUGCUUAUGACGCAUGCAGUAGUUAGCUCUUGUCAACACUAUAGAGGGCUAAUUAGUACUUACUGUAAAUUGUUUUAAAAUGAUGUAAAUAGGUGGUGUUUCACAAAGGGUGUAUGGUAUACAGACAAUAGUGUAAUUGGCAUGGCUGAAGAGCUACUUGAACAAUUCCAGCUAUCCUUUUUGUUCAAAUGAAGCCCUUUGUGAAAUGUCACUGCUUUCCUGAAGAACAUUUUUCAUGGAGCCCCUUAUUUUUUUUUAUGCUAAAGUGGAUUUGCUGUGGGGAAAGCUGAAGAAACGGGACCAGCAGCUUGCAACAUGGCCUGGUAAAUUAAAAAAGGUAGUACAAGAAGCAGUGUAAGUUAAAGCUUUUACUGGUACUCCAUCAUGUUGCAUUUUGUUUGAUAUAAAAAAAAAUGCACUAUUCUAGUAUCAGUGUAUCAGGAGUUAACGCUCCUGGCCGUUUGUGCCUACCAGCAAACCAUUGCAGCAAACUGUGUGUUAAAGAAGCGCUUCAGCUUCAUCUUCACAAACAGAAAACAUGGAUGAUUUGUUUUGGGAAAGUGUGAUUGUAUUUUGUUAAGAAGUGCAUUGUAUAUAAGUCAAUGUAUUUGAAAUCGAAAGACUGUUUAGGAUUUUGAGUCAGUAUCUGCAAAUAAAUCUUAUUUUUUUCAA